AAAAAGAAAAAGCCCUCUGCUCUAUUCCGAAAUGGAGGUAUGGCCACAGCGCAUGCGCACAGGCUCUACAACUAUCCAGUCCCGUCCACAAGCCUCAGACAUCAACAAGAGAGCGGGUUACUGAUGCGGGUUGAUUUUCAUAUUAGUUACAUUGCAGCGACGCGUUGUCAAGAUUACCACUUUGUAACAACUACAGGAAACUUGCAACGAGAUGUUUGGCUUUCAUAAGCCGAAAAUGUACAGGAGUUUGGACGGCUGCUGCAUCUGCCGCGCCAAAUCAUCAAGCUCUCGUUUCACGGACAGCAAGCGGUAUGAGAAAGACUUCAGGAGCUGUUUCGGGUUGUGUGAAACGCGAUCUGGAGAAAUUUGUAAUGCCUGUGUGCUCCUUGUGAAGAGAUGGAAAAAACUCCCUGUGGGGUCCAAGAAGAACUGGAAUCAUGUGGUUGAUGCGAGAGGAGGUCCAAGCCUAAAGAUAACUGCCAGGCCAAAGAAGAUAAAGUCCAUCUCCAAGAAGGCGAGGCCGAGCCAGAUCAGCAGGCUGCAGAAAGAGCUUAAAAGAAACAAUUCAGAUGCUCACAGCACCACGUCCAGCGCCUCUCCGGCUCAGUCUCCCAGCUACAGCAACCUGUCCGACGAGGGCUCUGACUCCGAGCUCAGCCCUGGGUCCAGCCGCUCUCCAGUUUUCUCCUUCCUGGAUCUCACAUACUGGAAGAGGCAAAAGGUGUGCUGUGGAAUCAUCUACAAGGGCCGUUUUGGGGAGGUUCUCAUCGACCCUCAUCUGUUCAAGCCCUGCUGCCGCAAGAAGCAGCGGCGGCAGCAGCAGGAAGAGGAAGAGGGCUACGAGGAGGAGGAGGACGACGAGGAGGAGGUAGAGGUAGAGGAGGGGCGGGCGGGGGAGGAGGAGGAGGAGGUGAAAGGAGAGCAGUCGCAGAUGGAAGAGGAAGCGAAGGAGCCGCCAACCUGCGAGGAAAGCACAGCUGCUCCACAGCUAUGUGUUACCAUGACGACGCCUCCGGCCAAGAGCGGGGCGGCAGAAGAGGAGUGGUAACGCCGAAACCCACCUGUGCACGUCUCUGAGGAAGUCUGGAGGUGCUUGUUUUUCAAGCACUUACAGCGUGAAGUUGCCUCAGAUUGCCUUCAAUCAAAAAGCAGCUGAAAAUCUUUGGUCUUCGACAUAAUACUGUUGGCGGUUUGUUUGUUGUGUUUAGAUGGUAACUUAUGGACUCUUGUUUUUCCACGUCUCUUCUUUUAUAUUUAAUAUUCCUCUCAACAUGAUGAUUAACCAUCACCCGAGGUGUUUUGUUCUACUUUAGGUGAAAUGCUGGAACUCUGGUUUGCUGGUACAUCGAAAAUGUUUCACUCCACAAUGCUGUAGAUUCAUUUUGAGGAAAAAAUGUUCUCAUUGAAGUCCAUCACUCGGCAUUCAAAAAAACAAAAAAAAAAAAACAACUUCACUCCACGUCAAAAUUGUCGGUUUUUAAGUGUAGGUGCACUGUUUUUAAGAUGACAAUGAAUAUGUGAUUAGUUUUACCUCCUUUUGUAAAGAGCAGACAUUGCCUUCUUGAAAUGAUGACUAUCUCAUUUUGGAAUGAAACUCCACGUUGACAGAUCGAGACUUUUACAGUAGCCUUUGUGUUUGUAUCUGAUCAUAUUUACGUCCACCCACAGCAAACAGUUUGUUUAUCUGGACUGGGUUAGCGUACGUGUGUGUGUGUGAAUAUGUUGGUCCCAUUUUUAAAAAGGCCUAUUCACAGCACCAACAGCAAAUAUACCAGCCUUAAUUAUGUGUUAUAGACAGUUGCUAGUGUUAAUUCUGAAUUGGUAUUAGGAACAAAAAGGGACAGUAGCUAUAUUUAUUGUGGCCUCAGCAACACAUAGUGCAUUUUGCAUGAAUGGCGACCAGCCCACUCAUUCAAAAGACCUGAUGAUCUGAUGCAUGAGUGUUUCUAAAUUGCAUGGCCUUAUUAAGAAAAAAAAAAAACUGUAAAUUUUACUUUACUUUUAUUUUAUUUUAUUUUUAUCCAUUUCUCGGAAGUUUUAAAUUAUUUUUAUAUGUAUAAAAAGAAAAUGGAAAAAAUAGUAAAAAAGUGUCUUUGAGUAACAACACAACACAAUACAACAGUAAAACACACCAAUCAGUCUAUAGUCAUACAGCAAUAUCAAUAUCAGUGAUCUCUGUCAUUCCUUGGUCAGCAGAUGGUAAAAGACUUUAUACAAGUUGAAAUGCUAUGCCAUUGCCUCUUAUAUACCACAACGGUGUUGUGAUAUAUAGCCUAAUAUUACUUUAUUUAUCAAAGGAAAGCCAAAGCACAUUGAAAUUCACCCAAUGUCAAAUCAAUGCAGGUUUUCUAUGGACACUUGUGUCUGUCCGAGGUCAUUUGUAUGUAUGUUUAUGGUAUUCUAAAAAUAACACUAAUAUGGAAUUUCAUACAUGUGACGGUGUAGCCGGGAGCAGAGGGUGUGUUAUGUACAUACGGGGUUGGGUGAGCGAUUACGGCUCAUAUAUGGGUUCCAUUAUUUAUUUAUUUCAUAUUUAUUUGUAUCACUGCAUCCCCAGUUAGAAGUGUAAGCUAUGAAUUCUGUUAAUCUUUUACAAAUAGUAUGGUUUUGUACAUCGGUAAUUGGUCAAGUGUAAUUCUCACGCAGGCAGGGUUAAGUAUUGCCUGGAAUUACUGGUUGUCAAUAUUUGUGAAAUGUUUGUUAAGUAUUUAUUUACUCAUCGGUUGAGUUGCGUGCAGCCUAACUUAUUAUUCUGUAUCAUCACUUUGGAUCUGUAUCAUGUAAACUAAGAGAUAGAUUACAACCAAACUGUACUUUUUCCCCGCUUCACCCUGUAGCCUAAAAAUACUGCAGAAUGGUAGACUAGCUGUACUCUAGAUUUUAGUGCUACUUGCAUGUAUUGUAGCUAUGCAUUUACUUAGCUUCCAAGUUAGACAAAACGGUUUUGUAUUUUUUAUACAUAAUGUACUUUUUUUACUUGUCCCUUAAUAAAAGUAAUUUUGUGAGUUUUCUGGA